AUGAUUGGAUCCAAUUCUUGGCGUGCGUUGAUGUGGCGUAAUGCCAUUUACAGGAGACGCAAUAUCAUCGGAACGAUCUUGGAGCUCGCAUUGCCAAUUGGAUUCAUUGCCUUGCUCGUCUUGAUCAAAAGCUCUGUCGAGGACACGGAAGGUUUUGCACCUCAAGUCAUCGAAGCCGAGUUCCCGGACACCAAUGAUGCUACACUCAUGUUCUCGUAUGGUGAUUAUGUGACGGCCAUGCAGGCCAAACGAGUCUGUAAAAUAGACUUUGGCGGUGAAUAUGAAAUCUCUGGCAUGCCAGGGCGCGGAUUCAAUUGGCAGGUGCCCUUUGUCAAGUGCGACCGCCGCAUGUGCACGGAGGAUGGACAAGAUGCGUCACCAUUUUGUCAGUACUUGGCUUUGGGAGUCGCUCCGUCAUCUGCUUCGGAUAGUGUUGGCAAGGAGCGCGCCGAAGCCUUUCGCAACUUCGUUCAUAAUCAAUUUCCAGUUCUGAGCAGUGCAAAUACAACCAGCCUUCCGUUUGGUUUUGAUUUUGUGCAAGUCUUUGACAGCGAACUAGACCUUGAAAAUUACGUCACAGCAAGAGACUACCGGCUAUCCACCGAUGAAAAGCCGACUCUUGGCUUGGCGGUAGUAUGGGAUGGUACCGACGGUGGUACUGACAGUUAUUCCUACACGAUCCGUCUCAAUGGCACCAAUUUCCCCAACCCCGAAGAUCAGACGCAACCUGGUACAAGUACUACCCCACCCACCGAUAAAGACUUUGAUCACUUUGCCAAAAACGAUGAGUCUUGUCCCAGAUUACCCGGAUCACCAAGAGUUGGUGCAAAAGCGGAGUCUUGUACGCGUCGUUACAUGAUCAAUGGAGUCCUCCCAACACAACGUUUGAUUCAUGAUUUCAUUUUCCAAGACUCGAACGCCAAGGAUGCUGGUUACUUUGUCGCCGAGCACGGUGUGAGGUUUGCACCAUUUCCGUCGAAGGAGUAUGUUUCGGAAGGUUUCUAUGCGGCCAUUGCAGCCUGGGUACCUCUGUUGGUGACACUAGGUAUUUUGUACCCAGUGGCAUCCAUGACGAGAUACAUUGUACUGGAGAAGCAGAAUCGGCAAAAGGAACUUAUGAAGAUGAUGGGAAUCCAAGAAAAUGAUAUCGGUUCGUCAUGGUACAUGUCGUUCCUUAUCUUUCAUAUCUUUACAGCUGUGGGAUGUGGAGCCGUUACCAAGCUGUUUUAUCCCAAGUCUUCCAUUGAUCUUCUCAUCAUCUUUUGGGUCUUGUCGUUCACUUCCCUCAUAUCGAUGUGCUUCUUUCUGGCUUCCUUCUUUACGCAAGCCACUCGCGCCACAUUGGUCGGCCUAAUGUUCACAUUUGGGGGCUACUUUAUCACUCUUUUUGUCGAUUAUCAGGCCGAUCCAUCUUCCACGCUUAUGGCCGCUUCUUUGCAUCCAACGGCUGCCUUUGGAUUUGGUCUUCAGGAGAUUGGUCGCUUGGAAGAUGCUGGUGUUGGCCUCAUUUGGAAUACUGUCGACGUGACGGAUAGUCCAUCAGGCUUUACAUUCAAUAACACUCUUUCAAUCCUUUUGGUUGAUACCAUCUUGUACGCAAUGCUGGGCUGGUACACAAAUCGAGUGAUCCCUGGCGAAUUCGGACGUACACUCCCCUUUCACUUUCCAUUUACAAAAGCUUAUUGGUUGCCUGGCAGUGUCGCACCGGGCACAAGUACUGAUGCAAUUCCAGAGAAUUCAGCUCUCCACUCCGAACCAGUUUCGAAGACCUUGAAAGAUCAGGCUAAGGAAGGGAAGAGUAUCGAAAUACGUAACUUGCGCAAACACUUUGGCGAUAAAAUUGCAGUUGAUGGAUUGAACCUUUCCAUGUACAGAGGGCAGUGCACUGCACUCUUGGGGCAUAAUGGAGCUGGCAAAACGACCACGUUGAACAUGCUGACCGGAAUGAUGGCGGCAACGGAUGGUUAUGCCAUUGUUGCCGGCAAAGAUGUCAGGACUCAAAUGGCAGAAAUCCGUCAAGAAAUUGGUAUCUGCUUGCAACAUGAUUGUAUCUUUGACAAUCUUACUGUGAAGGAGCACAUUCAGUUCUUUGCCAUGGUCAAGGGACUGUAUAAAAAAUCCACAAGCAAGGAGGCCGAGGAAAAAAUCAAGUCUAGUAUCCAGGAUGUUGCAUUGUGGGACAAGAGGAACACAUACUCAAAGAAUCUAAGUGGCGGAAUGAAGAGAAAAUUGAGUGUUGCAAUUGCAUUUUGUGGCGAUAGUAAGACUGUCUUCUUGGACGAGCCCACCAGUGGAAUGGAUCCAUUUUCUCGAAGAUUCACUUGGAACGUGAUCCGUCAAUACCGAGAGGGACGAUGCAUCAUAUUGACAACCCACUUCAUGGACGAGGCCGAUAUCCUUGGAGAUAGGAUCGCCAUCAUGGCGGAAGGACAACUUCGUUGCGUUGGAAGCUCUUUGUACUUGAAGAAGAGUUAUGGCGUUGGGUACAAUCUCACCAUUGAGAUGCACAAUGAAGGCGACAAUGCAGCAGACGUUGAGUCCACUGUCAAGGAGAUUGUCACAUCAGAUGUUAGCGGCGCAACCAUACUUUCAAAUAUUGGAACCGAGAUGAAUUUCCAGCUCCCGAUCGGCAGUUCUUCUGGCUUCGUUUCCAUGCUAACCAAAUUGGACGACGAAAUUGCAAAAGGCGACGUGGCAAACUACGGUUUGGGGAUUACGACCCUUGAAGAAGUAUUUCUGCUUGUUGCUCGUGGCGAUUCUGCUGAAAAGACCGACAUGACUAUGUCAGAACGCAAUCUUGCUGAUGAUGAGAAUCUAGAGGAUAUUCGCAAGAUCAAACUUGAAGAGGACCUAUUUGGAACACAUAUUGGUGCAUUAUUUCGCAAAAGAGCUGCUAAUUUCAAAAGGGACAAGAAAGCCUGGAUGUGCAGUACCAUUCUUCCUAGUCUUUUUGUGCUCGCAGGUUUUCUCAUUGUCAAGUACUCGUCAAGUGUGCAGGAGUUUGAGCCAAUCGACUUGACCCUCGACACCUUCAAUGACCAGGUUUCGGAAUCUCCUCGAAAUCCAAUCACUAUUAACAGCGCAUCCAUUUUUCAGUGCCAGCCCGGAAGGUGCGCAUAUGACUCUGAAUUCUUCGAGGAAGAGACUACCAACGAAACCUACUCCUACUGUGGGUACCACACGAACAUUGGGAACAACAGUACAUGCUCUGGUGGGGAACCAACUGAUGAUAUACCGAAUAUGCUGAAAGACUAUGGAUCCGAAGCUGUUUACGCUAGUGGGGAAUCUGUGUUGCAGUCGUCCAGGAGCAUCAUCGAUACCGCGGAGAUGUUCGCGGCAUCCCAAUAUGGAGGAAUUUACUUUACAAGUAAUGACGCCAGUACUGUACAAAUCAACCAAAACAGUGUAGCAGGCUCUGGGCCUGACUUGGAAGCUCUACUAGCAAUGUUCGGCGGAGACUUGGACGCGUUACUGUCGCAAUUCGGUGGAGGAAAUUUUACGGACAGACAGGACCUAUUAUCACAGCUUGGAUCAUUCAAUCAAACUGUUCUUGAGGACCUCCUAUCGCAAUUUGGUGGACUUGAUGGCUUAACCAAUGGUGGUACAAGCAAUGGAACUGACUUUGGAGACCUUCUGUCACAAAAUCUUACGUAUGGGGACCUUGUCGAAGCUUCGUGCCUUCGUCAACAAGAUGACUACAGAAACCCAAUAUCAUGUUCACUAUAUAGGGGUCUUGGCUAUUUGAUUCGAUACAACUUCACAGCCAUUCAUGCGGCUCCAAUCUUCCAAGCUACAGCGGACGAGGCAAUCAUCAGACAUGCCCUGAACAACAGUGCUUUCAAGAUCAAUCCAUCGAUUUUCCCACUUCCUUUGACACAGUUUGAGCGGGUCACACAGCAAAAUGACGAUGCCGGAGUACCAUGGUUUCUUAUUGUCUUCGGUUUUCCUUUUAUUACUGGCUCAUUCGCGACAUUUGUUGUGGCUGAACGCGAGUCCAAAAGCAAGCACUUACAGACAGUCGCGGGGGUCAAACCUAUGGCCUAUUGGUUGUCUACUUGGCUUUGGGAUGUUGCGAACUACCUAAUUCCAAUGACGAUUACAAUUAUCCUGCUGUUUGCGUUUGAGACAGAGGCGUUCACGAAAACGGAGCAUGACGUUGUCUAUGGUGUCAUCACGUUGCUUGUUCUUUUUGGGCCAGCAGCAGCCUCCUUCACUUAUUGCACAACCUUUCUGUUCAAGUCUCCAAGUGUGUGCAACCUUGUUGUCAUCAUUUCGAACUUCCUGGUCGGAUAUGCUGGUGCCGUGGCUUGUUUCGUCUUGCGGCUCAUUGGUGAUAAUCCAUUUCAAAGGGACGAGGAUUUGUAUAAAGCUGCCAUCAUAACAGAAUGGGUGCUUCGCUUUUUUCCAUCGUUCAGUCUCAGCAAGGGCCUCUUCUACAUUUUGUUCAUUGAUCAAUUUCACCAGCUGAAAGGCGAAGAGUUCAAUGUUUGGCACAAAGAUAUGAUCCUCUUCGAAGUCAUUUUCUUGGCUUGGCAGAGCAUCGGUUAUCUGCUCUUGGCCGUCGCAAUCGACUCUUUGUCAUCAAAUCCUCGCGCGGUUUCCAUUUGGCGGAAUAUCUUUUGCUGCCGAUGGAUGUCUUCUUCAUAUACUGCUCAGAGCAUCAAUGGCGAGAUUGACGAGGACGAUGAUGUCAUGGCAGAGCAAAAUCGUGUGCUUGAUGGAGACACGGCGAAUGCUGCAAUUGUGCUCAAGGAAUUGACGAAGACGUUUGAUAAUGGCCUGACAGCUGUAAACAAAUUGUCGUUCGCGAUACCUCCAGGGCAGUGCUUUGGGCUCUUGGGUAUAAACGGUGCUGGAAAGACAACGACUAUGUCAAUAUUGACUGCAGAAUUUCCUCCAAGCGGAGGUGAUGCCAUGCUAGCUGGCUACAGUGUACUUCGACAACCAGAAAAGACAAGACGCAUGGUCGGAUAUUGCCCACAGUUCGAUGCUCACUUCUUCAAUAUGACGGGAAGGGAACACCUUCAGCUCUACGCAUCCAUCAAAGGAGUGCCUUCCAGCAAAAUUCCGGCAGUUGUGGCAAGCAAGCUACGGGAAGUGGGAUUGAGCGAUGACGAUAGCAACAAACUCAGCUCCAAAUACAGUGGAGGUAUGAAGCGACGUCUAAGUCUAGCAUGCGCUACUGUAGGGCAGCCUCAGCUGCUAUUCUUGGACGAGUGUUCAACAGGUGUCGACCCAGUUGCCCGUCGUGAGAUUUGGCAGAUGAUAUCGAAUAUGGUUUCCAACCGAAAUCUAGCAGUAGAAGAUCGCCCAUCUGUCAUCUUGACGACACACAGUAUGGAAGAAUGCGAGGCUCUCUGUCCAAGGAUCGGCAUCAUGGCCGCAGGAAGGUUGAAAUGCUUGGGGUCGGCGCAGCAUUUGAAGUCUAAAUUUGGCCAAGGAUAUCAAGUCGAAAUGAAGAUUCAAAACGUGGACACUAGGGAUGAAGAUUUUGCUUCUAAUUUGGCUUCAAUUUCUACUUCUGUUGGAGCUGACUCGCCGUCUCCAGUUGUAGCGGAUGCAGAUGUCGACCAAGAACAAGCUAUUGCAGACAGUGCGCCGUUGGAGGAAGGAGCCAUUUUGAAACUGGACCAGGUAAUGGUGGCACUUCAAAGUUUGACAGGGGACGACUUUCUCACCUCGAAGCUAAAUGCCAAUGAUCCAGCGGGGUAUACUAUUCUAAAAGAUGCGUCUGCGGAAGGUGUCAGCUUGACUAGCCUUGCUUAUUUCGCAACCGCAGAACUUCGGAUGAAAAAAUUGCAUUCGUUUGUGCAAGAACACUACCCCCAAAAUGUCCUACGAGAACGACAAGAUACCAAGAGUCGAUAUGAAGUCAGUUCCGAAGGCGUGAAGAUCGCAAACAUAUUUGGUGACAUCGAAGAGAACAAAGGCGAGUUGAAAGUGGCGGAGUAUAGUGUGAGCCAAACGAGUCUGGAGCAAGUUUUCAACAUGCAUGCUGCCGAAGCUGCUAGCCGGCUUGAAAGCUAA